UAUUCAGAUCGACACAGUGCCACUCGAAUUCUUCCUUAACAGGGACCUUCUCUGAAAAUCAAGACAUGCUUGUAAAGUUCACAGAUGAUGCUGGCACAUUUGAAGAGGGCAUAGAUUUAGGUGGUCCAAGAAGGGAAUUUCUUACCCUCCUGAAAUCGUUCGAUUUUUGAUGGGCCUCCAGAAAGCCGUUACCUUGUUCACAGUUCUACAGAUACAAAAUGCAGAUUCUUUGGAAUCUUUGAGAGAUCUCCUUCUGAAGAACAGCACACUUCUUCAAACCGCCGGGUGUUUCCGGCAUGUGAGCACUGUCGAAGAGAAGGACGCAAUUGUGGAGGAGUACCUGAUGUGGUACAUUAUCCACAGAAACCAUGGUGUAAUUGAGAGAUUCAAAGAUGGACUUGGAAGCCUGCAGUUUCUGACAGCACUUCAGCAGCACUCCAGUGUGCUGGCUCCUAUCCUGUGCCACUCAGACAAGAAGCUGACUGCUCAAGACAUCGAAAACUUGUUCAGAGCAGACCUCAGUCCAGUAGGAAGCAACAGGAGGCAGGAGGAAGCCAAAGCACUAAGCUUCUGGGCAGACUAUCUGCUUGAUUGCGAAGAACAACAACCAACUACCGUGUCCCUUGAGGAUUUGUUGAUGUUUUCGACAGGGCUGUCAUCACUUCCACCUGCUGGAAUUGUACCACAGCCCCGCAUAGAGUUUUUAACCAACUCACCAUUCCCAAUGGCAAACACUUGUGCGAACACUAUCAAGCUACCUCUGUUGCAAUCAUAUGCCAUGUUUAGGACAAACAUGGACUUUGGCAUACAAAAUUCUCCAGGAUUUGGAUGCAUUUAAGCAGUACCUGGUUAACAUUUUAUUUUUUUCAAUUAGAGCAAUAUCUUCUUUGUAAAGUCAUAUCUGUAAGACCCUCUGGCAUGUAAGGCCUUUGGCAGCCUCUGGCAGGCUUUUGCAUUAUUGAAAAUGCUUAGGUGUUGCAGCAAUAAAAUACAUUUAAUGGAAGGAUUGA